AUGGCACCUCAAAGACAGCUCUCGACGGGUUCUUGUCGGAAACCUUCGAGGCAGCAGGACGUCUUCCUCGGCAUCGCCCUUCAAAUAGGGGAACAACCUAAAACUGCGGCAUCUGAAAGUGGCGAUAAGUCUAGGCGGGACCUGGAAUACACCAUAGUCCUACACGAUGGUACGGGUGUCAUAGGAAGUGAAACCUUCCACUACGUUUGGCAUACUCAUGGGCUGGAUGAUGAGGCAAGGAAGGACCAGGCAAAAUCGUUCGCAGGUGAAGUCUUGGCUACAAUGAGGGAGAUUCAAACAACGAGAUCGAUGAAGAUAUGCCUCAUAGCUGUCGCACAACCUGUUCCUGAAGAGAUCAAAAGCAGUGGUCGUGGUACGCAUUUCUUACCUACUGUGUGGCUCCACGUCGAUGCCAUUCCAUUCACGAUCUUGCCUUCCACGGCCAUCUUCACCAAGCUACCAUCUCCGUCGACACAAGCUGGAGCAACUGCUGCUGUCUCUGCUGCUGUGAAGUACCUACACGCUGCUACACACACGGCCACAACUGCAACAUUGGACAACAAUGAUCAUCACGUUCAGGUCGAUUGCGAUGGGCAGGUUACUCUGUGUGAUCUUAUCCAUUAUGAGGAGAGCACAAGCCCACAGCUUUGGAGUCGGUUCAUGGCUCUAGCGAAACUGAUCCGAGGGACAAACACCUCGAUCCAUUUCUUCUCCGCCACACCUCAGGGCGGUGGGGUCGCCCUCAUGCGACAUGCCUUGGUCCGGCUCUGGAAACUUGUCGGCGUACAAGUCAAAUGGUUUGUCCCAGAGGGUCACCCUACCGUCUUUGACAUCACCAAGCGGAAGAUGCAUAAUGUCCUUCAAGGCGUUGCUCCGCAGGGUACGGAGAUGACUGACGAGGACAAGCAAUGCUUCGAGCUAUGGACAGAGCAAAAUUAUGAAUCGUUCUGGUCGAGGGGUGCCAUCGAUGCCAGUGUCAUUGUGAUCGAUGAUCCGCAGUUGACUGCUCUGAUCCCGAUCAUCAAGAAGAGGCGACCUGACGCCAAGAUUAUCUUCCGAUCGCACAUCCAAAUCCAAAGCAAUCUGACCGAUGACCCCUCGACUCCGCAAUAUCGGACCUGGAACUACUUGUUCAACUUUGUCAAGCAGACUGACCUUUUUCUUGCGCAUCCCGUCAAGUUCUUCAUACCGAAAAAUGUGCACGAGAACCUGCCUGUGCUAUACAUGCCACCUUCGACUGAUCCACUCGAUGGUCUCAACAAACUCUACGGACAUCACUCUGUCACAUAUUACAGAGAGUACUUCAAUCACCUCGCUUCGUCGCAAGGAGAUGUCGCGAUCGACUGGGCACGAGGCUAUAUCUGCCAGAUUGCUCGUUUCGAUCCAUCCAAAGGGAUAGAUGUCCUCCUCGAGGCAUACUUGAAGUUCAGGCAAAAGCUCGAGAAAAGUUCAUUUCCGCCUGAAGAUGGUGGCCCACAACUUAUCAUAAUGGGACACGGCUCUGUGGACGACCCGGAUGGCACCAUGAUAUACGAGAUGUGCCACGAUAUCCUGUCGAAAGAAGAGUACCAGCUGGUCAACGGUGAUGUUGCAGUAGUGCGAGCGCCGCCGAGCGACUCGCUGCUGGGCUGUAUCUUACAGGGCGCUUGGGUAGCGACGCAGCUAUCUACGCGCGAAGGGUUCGAAGUCAAAGUCACAGAGGCCAUCAACAAGCGCGUGCCUAUCAUUGCGUCGGACGCUGGAGGUAUCCCCGUCCAAGUGAAACAAUCCCUCAAUGGGUGGGUUGUGCCGGCAGGGAGGUCUGAGCCCGUCGCGACCCUCCUAUACGACAUCUACACGGGUAAGGCCAAAGUCAAGAGGCCGGUUCCCAAAGGUAGAGACACGCAAGGCGAAACGGACCCGAACGCAGUGGCCGAAGCCUACGUUGGGGGCUACGAGCAGCCUGUCCCGCCUGUUCGAGCCGAUAUCGGUUCGACCUCGGAGGACUACUGGACAGUGGGCAACGCCGCCAAAUGGAUGCUGUUGUUCUCAAAGAUCUUGCAGCUUCAGGUGCCUGAAGGGCUUGGAGGAACCGACGCAGACUUGCUGAAUGGGAUGAGGGCUAGUGAGCGGAUCGGAGGGAAGGAAGUGGAUGCAACUGCAGUAUGGCAGAUGGUCAUGGGCACGGACAUGCUGAAGGGUGAAGGCGAAAUACGAUGA